AUGAAUAGUUUAGUUGGUGUAACUGUCGAAGAGCGAGAAAUUCAAAUUUGUCGCCUUGGUUGGAGUCUUUUAGUUUUAUGGCUGGUUACUGUAAUUUAUAUGACUAGAGAAAUAUGGUUUGGUCAAACAUCGAUUGCUUUUGAAGAGGCAAAAAUGAUGAAUUUGAGACAAGAAGCGAGGAAUCGAUAUUAUGGAAGGAGCGAUGAAGAAUCGAGAUUUUGA